GUGAACGCGGUCCAACGACGAAGUCCGAAGGCCGAGAAUCCGUCCAAUGAAUGCCUGGAGAAGAUGCUGGGUAUUGAAUCCUAGUGGAGUAAAUCACAGCAAUAAUCGAGAACCACGCUCUCAACUCGACGGUACAUAUAGCAUCAAACUCUAGUACAUUAGGUUCAACUGGGAACCAUUAUACCGCGCAAAAGUAUACUUACCAGGUUUCGCUAUGAACAUAUCGUACUUCACAAUCCCGCCGGCGCUGGUUCUCGCCCUUUUUGGACGGCUUUACUCGGGCAUUUUGGGGCCCGGGAAAAUGCUGUUUGACCGCAACAAUCCAAGGGGCUUUCCUGAAACCAUCAAGAAUGCCGAGUUGGAUGAAAAGACCCGGGGCCGUUUACUGCGGGCUGAAGCAUGUUCAGCCAACGGCUUUGAAGGCCUCCCGCUGUUCGCCGCUGCGGUGACGGCAGGCAAUUCUGCAGGUGUCUCUGCGUUGACCAUGAAUGUGCUCUCGUUAGCUUGGCUGGCGAGCCGUGUGCUGUACAUAUUCGUGUACAUCUGGUAUCAGGAGACAGAAAAGCUUGCCCUGGGGCAGGCACCGCUUCGAUUCAAGAUAUGGUCGGUUGGCGCAAUGCUGUGCAUGUCUAUGUUUGUUUUAGCUGGAUUGAAGUCCUGACUUGGAAGUUUCUGAGGCCUGCGUGGAAGCUGUAGAUAGUUCGGUGAGAUCGUUUGACUGAGGAAGGCCGCCAUGCGCGGAGUACCAGCUCUACAUCCAGACCACAAGUUCUUCGGGGAAGGAUAGCGAAACAAAUGAGAAGUCAGAAAGUCGGUGCAUAUCCCAUAGUGUCCUAUUAAGCU